GCUGAUAUGGAUUCUCCACUGCUUUCUUGGUAUCCUCUGCUCCUUCCCACUGUUGGUUCACUCUUAUUAGUCUUCCUCGUAUGGAGAAGGGAGAGUACAAGGGCAAGGCCUUCUCUUCCCCCCGGACCUCCUGCUUGGCCUAUUGUGGGAAACAUCUUCCAGCUGGGGAAAAGGCCACAUGAAUCUCUGCAUGCCCUUUCUCUGCAAUACGGCCCACUCAUGACUCUCCAUCUCGGCAUGAAAACUACAGUGGUAGUCUCCUCUCCUGCUAUGGCAAAAGAAGUCCUCAAAACGCAUGACAAUGUCCUUGCUGGGCGGAUGGUGAUAGAAGCAUUCAAAACCCUUUCCCACGACAAGUCCUCGCUAGUGUUUGGCGAAUACGGGCCUUACUGGCGCCAUCUCCGACGUAUUGCAACUGUUGAGCUUUUCAGCCCCAAAAGGCUAGACGCUCUGCAACACCUCAGAAGAGACCAAAUAUUCGGCAUGAUUCGACUCAUUUUCGAGGAGAAGGGAAACGUUGUGGAUAUCGGGAAGACGGCGUUCUGCACGACUCUGAAUGUGUUGGGCAACAUGUUCUUCAGCACAAGCGUUUUCGAUCCGCGCAAUCCAUCUUCUUCUGCGGGCAUCAAAGAUACCGUCUCGGAUAUGAUGGAGGUCUCUGGAAAGCUCAAUUUGGUAGACUGUUUUCCUUUUCUCCGGUUCCUCGAUCCCCAGGGCGUGUCCCGUGAUAUGACCACGCAUUUGAAGGCCAUGUAUGACUUCUGCGAUAUGUUCAUACAGAGGAGGCUAAGCGCUAAACGUGACAACUCCGAGAAGGACUUUCUGGAUGUUCUACUGGAUUUCAGAACUGAAGAUUUCACUAUCGUUGGUAUUCGAGCCUUCAUAUCUGAACUAUUUGUAGCGGGUACUGAGUCGAGCACUAUAUCAAUAGAAUGGGCAAUGGCAGAACUCAUUCGCAAUCCACAGAAAUUAAAAAGGCUCCGACAAGAACUGGAUGAAGUGGUUGGUUGCAACCGGAAAGUGGAAGAAUCUGACAUAGAUCGUCUGCCUUAUCUCCAUGCAGCUGUGAAGGAAAUACUCCGAUUGUACCCGUCCGGUCCUCUGCUGGUUCCCCACAAAGCCGAAAGCUCCUGUGAGAUUGGGGGAUUUGUGAUACCCAAACAUAGCCAGGUGAUGGUGAACGCUUGGGCUAUUGGGAGGGACCCUUCUGUCUGGAAGAAUGCUUCGGAAUUUAUGCCAGAGAGAUUUUUGGAGGUGGAGAAUAGCAAGAUAGAAUACGGGGGACAAAACUUUGAGCUAAUUCCAUUCGGAGCUGGGAGAAGAAUCUGUCCUGGGCUUCCACUGGCAAGCCGCAUAGUUCAUUUCACUGUGGCUUCUUUACUUCACUCGUUUGAAUGGAUACUUCCCGAUGGAAUCAAGUGUGAAGAUUUGGACAUGAGCGACGAGUGUGGACUUUCUUUAAAGAAGGCUGCAAAGUUGAAUGCAAUACCCAAGCCACGUCUCCCACAUCAUAUAUACUAG